UCUGACAGUAAGAAUCAACACUGAAACAAGGGAGACAGCAGACCUGAAGAGACAAUGAAGACUGGCACUAAACGAGAAUUAAUGAUGCUGAGUUCCACUCUCUGUCAGCACAGACCUCUGCACACCGGCAGCAACAGCAGCACCACCACAAUGAGGAAUCCGCACUGUAUUGUAACUUUGACUCUUCUCAUCCUUCUCAUCACAACGACACCUACCUGCAAAGGUGCUCCAGCAUCACUACAGGAGUUACAAGUUUGGAAUGAGAUAGAGGAUGUGUGCUCAUCUUUUCUUUCCACAGACCCACAGUCUCAGGCAUCCAGAGCAAUUGAAGAACUGUGCUACAUGGCCUGGGGAAUUGUAUACAAGUCGCAGGAUCUAAAAGGGAAAGAUCACACAAAAAGGUUCUUGUUUCAUUAUUCUAAGACUCACGACUCAGGCAACUCAGACAUUAUGUCGUCUGUCCUGCAUCCUUUGCUGCAACUUGUUCCCCAGCUCCAUGUGAGAAGACUGAAGAGAUUCAGAGAUGACGAUGAUCUUCAAGGACCUGGAGGAAUUCAAAGCAGAGGAUACUUCUUAUUUAGGCCAAGGAACGGAAAGCGGUCAACAACCUUUGCCUAAAAGAUUUCUGUCUGUUUGGACACCUGUACAUAAAAUGAAUGGAGAAGAAUACAAUGCAAAUGGACAUUACAAGCUUUACUGUUCUCUAGACUUGUUAUGUAUCCAUUUUUAAUAUAAAACAAAAUCAAAUAAAUACACUUUGGUUUAAGUAUUGUUUGUUUAAAUGUAAUCUGUUAUUCAAAUUAAAAAUCAGCUUCCUGAAACGUUCUGCUUUUAUUGUUAGUGGUGUUGUGCCUGUCAAGUGAGUAUCUAAUCUAGAUGGGCAUAAAGAGAAUGCUAGUAAGAGGAGAACAAUAUACAGUUACACUUAUCCAUGUGUUGUUCCAGCUCAUAUAUGUCUCUAUCAUUGGUCAGUCUAAAGACUAAAACACAUUAGGCUGUGCUUCAAAGGUCUUAUUACAGGGUACAAAUUUGGUACAGGGAUCUGGCCUUGGGGCUGUCAAUAUAUAAGUU